CUGACAACACCCACAUCAAAUUGAUGGACCUUCACCUUCCCACCAUCUUCCACGCUUCAGAUUGUUUGACUAUUCAAAUCUCAGAACCUUAGCUUUAAACCUUGGCUUCACCACUGCGAUUAUAGCAGCCACCAUAUGGCGAUUCCAGUAGCCUCAUCAUCAUCAUCCUUCAGCUUCAACAGUGGAACCAGGUAUAGAUAUGAUGCUUUUCUGAGUUUCAGAGGCGAAGAUACUCGCCACUCCUUCACUGAGAUUCUCUACGACGCUUUGCGCCGUAAGGGAAUCAACGCCUUCAUUGACGACAAGAGACUUGGCAAAGGGGAAGAGAUCUCUCCUACGCUUCUCAAAGCCAUAGAGAGAUCCAGGAUUUCCAUUAUUGUCUUCUCUACCAACUACGCUACUUCCACAUGGUGCCUCGAAGAACUCGCCCACAUCGUUUGGUGUAGGAAGCAGAAGAAGCAGGUGGUGAUGCCCAUCUUUUACAAGGUAGAUCCGUUGGAUGUUCAGUAUCAGAGAAAUAGCUUUGAGGAAGCCAUGGCUGCUCUUGAAGAUAGGUUCAGCGAUGACUUAGAGAAAGUGCGAAAAUGGAGGUCUGCUUUGUCUGAAGCUGCUAGCUUGUCACCAGCAUGGCUUUUUCAAGAUGGAUAUGAUCAGUUUGGGUUUAUUGAAAACAUUGUCCAAGGUGCAUUUGUUACGCUGCCCCCUAAACGCUUUCAAAACACUGAUUACACGGUUGGACUUGAGCCUCACAUAGAAGAAGUGGUGUCACUUUUAGAUAAAUCUGAUCAUCGCGUUUGCAUGUUGGGGAUUCAUGGAACUGGUGGAAUUGGCAAAACAACUCUUGCAAAAGCUAUCUACAAUUCAAUCUUCUACAAAUUUGAAGGUUCGUGCUUUUUAUUUGAUAUCAGAGAAGAAUCAAACAAAUUCCAAGGCAUUGUUCGUCUUCAACAGACACUUCUAUCAGAAAUUCUUGAGGAAAAGAGGAUGACAUUUAGUAGUGUUUAUGAAGGAAUAUCCAGAAUAAAACACAGACUUUCUCAUAAACAAGUUUUGUUGGUUCUUGAUGAUGUUGAUCACGAUGAACAAUUAGAACAACUUGCAGGAGGGUGUGAUUGGUUUGGCAAUGGAAGCAAGGUCAUUAUUACAACAAGAAAUAAGCAAUUGCUAAUUUCUCAUAAUAUUGAACAGACAUAUGAAAUGAAGGAGCUAAACAAGCAUGCCUCUCUUGAACUCUUUUGUUGGCAUGCCUUUCAUGAGAGCCAACCUCCAAAAGGCUAUCAAGAUAUGUCCAAUUGUGUUGUGACCUAUGUACAAGGUCUUCCUCUGGCUUUAAGAUUAAUAGGCUCCAAUUUGGCACAUAAAAGCUUAGAGGAAUGGAGAACUACAUUAAAACGAUAUGAUCUGAUCCCGAAAAAAACAAUUCACGAGGUACUAAAGAUAAGCUAUGAUUGCUUACAAGAUGAUGCUAAACGUAUCUUUUUAGAUAUUGCUUGCUUUUUUAAAAAGGAGAAAUUGGAAUUCAUCGAAGAAAUACUACAAGCUUGUGAUUAUGGAGCAAGGUUUUAUAUCGAAGUUCUUGUUGAAAAGUCUCUAAUAACUAUCAAUGAUGAGAAUGGUCGCUUGUAUAUGCAUGAUCUCAUACAACAAAUGGGAAGAGAGAUUGUUCGGCGAGAGGCACCAUCAGAUAUUGGUAAACGUAGUAGAUUAUGGUAUUAUAAAGAUGUACUGAAAGCAUUGUGUGAAAAUUUAGGAAGCAACAAGAUUGAAGGAAUGAUGCUUGAUCCACCUCAACAACAAGGAGUGGAGUGGAGUGGCUUAGCCUUUGAGAAGAUGAAUAAUCUUAAAAUUCUUAUUGUUCGAAAUGCCCAAUUCUCAACCAGUCCUAGAUAUUUCCCCAAUAGCCUAAGAUUACUUGAUUGGGAGGGAUAUCCUUCGAUGACCUUGCCACCAGAUUUUUCUCCAGCAAAACUAGUUUGUUUCAAGUUGUAUAGAAGUCUUUUCAGCUUGGAAGAACCAUUCAAGAAGUUUGAACAUGUGACACAUAUGGAUUUCUCACAUUGUGAAUUCAUAGCUGAAGUACCUGAUAUGUCUCAAUUCCAAAGCUUAAGAAGAUUGUUGUUUCAAGGGUGCCGCAAUCUGAUCAAAGUUCAUGAUUCAGUGGGAUCUCUCUCUAGGUUGGUCCGAUUAGAUGUCAGUGAAUGCACCAAACUUACAAUCUUUCCACAUGAAAUCAACAUGCCAUCUCUUCAAGAGCUCAAUCUCAGAGAAUGCAAGAGUCUUGACUACUUCCCAAAUAUAUUGGGAAAGAUGGAUUCACUAACUGAUAUUUUUGCAAGUGAAACUGCUAUUAUAGAGCUCCCACCUUCCAUUGGAUAUCUUCCAGCUCUAGAAAGUUUGUUUAUAAGGUCCUGCAAAAGUCUUAGGGAGCUUCCAAACAGCUUGUUGAUGUUGCAAAAUCUUAGCACGCUUGAUUUGGGAGAUAUUCAACCUCAUGGAAGGAAAUCAUUGAAGAGAUUAAUGCAAGAGAGCCGACCAGCUAUUAGCUACACAAACUUAGAGUACUUGGAUCUUGAGAAUUGUGGUCUAUUGGAUGAAGAUCUUUGCCUAACCCUGAAUUGUUUUCAGAAUGUGCAAGAGUUAAAUCUGUCAAGGAAUGAUUUUGUGUCCCUUCCUGAGUGCAUUAAAGAGUGUGCUAAUCUGAUAAAACUAGAUGUGACUAAUUGCAAGAGGCUAAGAGACAUACCAGAGCUGCCAUCAAAGUUGAAGGACAUAAGGGCAGAGAAUUGCACAUCAUUAACUAUGGAGUCACUAGGGCAUCUAUGGUCUCAGGUGAAAAAUUGCUUUUGCUUGGGAAUCGGUUCACCAGCAACAACAUUUCCUGAUUGGUUCGACCAUUGCUGCAAAGGAGGGAUACUGUCUUUUGGUGUUCAUGGGAAAAUUUUCCCUCGCGUUGUCAUUGCAAUUAAGUCCUGGAAAUCCAACACAAGGAAGAGACACUUCUUCCAAGUUUUUAUGAGAAUCAAUGGUCGUAAAAUGCCAUGGAUACAAAGUGAUGCUGCUGAUGCAAGUGAAGAAGGUCGUGUGUUUGUUUUCUUUGGUAAACCGGGCCAUGUGUUUUUAUUUGAUCUGCUUAAGGAUUUUAGGGAAGAAGAGUUGGAGAGGCUUAAUAAGUUUCUAAAAUUGGAUUGGAAUGAUGUGGAGAUACAAGUAACCUGUCUCCCACAUGAUAUCGCCGUAGUUAAGUGUGGAAUUUAUGUGGACAAGCAACAAACGAACAUGGAGAAUGUCCAGUUCAAGUCUCCAGUGAUAUCAAGAACUUCACUAAAACGCAGGGCAAUAGCUUCUCCUCCUAAUAAACCACCCAAGAAGCUCUUGAGAAAGUUCAAGGCUACUGAUGAAAGAAAACUCAAUAACACAAAGAAAGGGACAAGGAGAAGUAAACCACUCCAAAAUUUUCACUCAUGGUACAAGAAAAAGGUAUUUUUUCUGAUGGGUAAGCAUCUUUGGAGAUUCUUGUAUUAUUAGGUCCUAUUUGGUAUCCUGGAAUUCAGAACAUGAAAUUGGAAAUGGUUAUGGAAUUGAAAAAAAUGUUAGUUUGGUAUGAA